CACCAGUAUGAACGUCCAGGCGUUCGUCCGCUGCUUUUCGUUCUAGUCGAACCUCUUCGUUGUGCUUUCAGCGUUUCAUGCCGAGGUUAGAACCGUUCCAUCUCUUUUCUUCCUCAAACAACUCCCCCACUUUGCGUUCGACAGUCCGCGUACGCGUCCGCGUUCCCCGUGGCCGGUAGGCGGCCGACCGGGCGUACGUGGGCCCUCUAGUGUAGCUGCACACAUGCACGCGACAGCAUCUGACCGCCGUACCAGCCGCCGCAGCCGUAGCUGCUACCGCCGUAGCUCGUCGCGGAUGCUCGUGUUCCUGCGAUAACGAUACUUUGCUCUUUCCACCGAUCUCGCACCGCGAGCACCUCGAGAAACGACCGAGGGGAAAGCUAAGUAGCGCGGUGUGUGUGAAACUUAUGACGAAACGGUACCGCACGUGUGGAACGCGGAACCACGGGAGAUAUUCGCCAGCUUCAAAUGUGAGACAGUGAUAUCGUGACGGUUUGCAAUGGAAUCGAAAGGAUUUUGAGAGAGAUUUACGAUCGAACAUGCUCGCGUACGUUCUGCUGGAGGGCAUCGAAACUGUUCGCGAGUUUACUGAUGGGUGACGCUGUGUCUGACACGUUGAUGACAGGUCAGAGGGACAGUAGGAUUUUUGAAUAUUCGCGGGCUGCAAGGUACACGAUUCUAUGCGGUGAAAAACGCGCGGACCAAUCGUCUGUAGAACAGCUGACAGUUGGCGCUGGUGGCAAUUAGAGAAAUCGACGCGAGGUGUUUGGCAGUCGGAUUCGAUGACAGGUGAAUUGCACGGGAAGCGGAGGCAGGAACUAUGCGAUAAUAACAAUACGUGUUUGUCACGCUGUUCCGUUUAAUAACUAUAUCUAUCGCGAAGUGUUCGUGUAAUGGACGCGACUGAUAAAUUCAUGUAACGAGUGACUGCAGAGCCGGUGACCGUGCGAGACUGGAAUACGUUCGGAACGUGUCGGAGGAACAUAUCUGUGCUUAUCAGUGUAGUGUUUCUUCAGGAAUAUACUGUGAUAUCGAAGGAUAAUAAACAUCCACAGGAUAUUUUGUAUUUGUAAAGACGUUUCUCCUUUGUGACAUUAAUAAUAUAAAUGUCGAAGAAGCAAAAGUACAUCGUAUGAACCUACUCUGUCUGGAGUGAAACUAUUGGUGUUGCAAGUGUAACGCGAUACUAGUGAUAAACAAGAUCGACGCAUCUGAUCAACAAUAAAAUAGAACGUCUAAUAGUACAAGAGGGGGAAGAAUAACGAAACUUGUCCGACAAAGAGAGCCAGCAGGUGACCACGUUGGAUCUCGCGGCGUUGGCUGCUUACGGGGGCGUUUCGGGACCCAGGGUCGCGGUGGCGGGCACCGGGGUCCUCGCGCUACCCGGCCUGAUACCCGAUAAGGGUUUAUCAUCGCCCGGAGGACAGUCGAAAACAAAGUCCGCAGGGCUGGCGGGUCUCGACAGCGAGGCGGUGCGCCGGUGGGUCGCCGAAGCCGCGCGGACCGUCCGGCAAAUUCCGCCUCCGGUUGUCGUACCAUCUAGUUCGCAACAACAACAGCAGCAACAGCAACAACAACAUCAACAACAGCAGUCGGUUCAACAUCAACAGCACAGACAGCAACAUCAUCAUUCCAUCCAUCGACAGCGUCAAGAGCCGAGUCCUCCCUCGGUGGCCGCUUCCUCUUUCGUUUUGCCGUCGUCGAUGACGCAGACCCCCAGCAUGCAUCUGCUGGAGAACAAUAACCUGGUUGAGGUUGCGAUGGUUCAACAGCAACAACAGUCUCAACAGCAGAUGCAGAUGCAGCCACAGAAGCAAAAGCAGACCAGCCCGACGAACAACAACACCAUCGAGGCUUGGAGAUCCAUUCAAGGUGGUCACCAGUGGUGGAGUCCGCCAAGUACCGUUCAUCAAGAGCAACAGCAGCAACAGCAAGUGUCGCCUCUCGGUCAGCAAGUCGCUCAGUCGCAGAGUCUUGUUGCUAGCACGGUAUGCGGUCAAGUACAAAGACAGUCGCAGAUUCAAUCGGAAAUCGAUCAGCCUUUGGACUUUUCGGUGGGUUCCCUUCAACAACAGAGGCUACAUUCUCGCGUAAGGACUAUACACGAGAGACUGCAGAGUAGGAUGCACGACAAUAAUAACGGUACAGCCGGUAGCGGACAGAAGAUCGUCAGAGGGACUGGCAGCAGGAGAAGUUUCAGUCCCAGUGAUGGUAGCAGCAGCAGCAGCGAGGACGAAGGGGUCUCCACCGGCGGGAGUCCUUCUGGCCCCCUUCGAGGCACCGAAAACGACUCGUGCGAGCAGCCGGUUGCGGAUCGACCUUACGGUAAAGUUUGGAUAGGCGAUAACGAGGUCGCGUGGCGGACCGAACAGUCUUUCAAGAGAACCUCACCCUUAAAUCCUUGUACCACCACGACUACUACGACAACGACAGGUGGCGGAGCACCGGCACACCCCCACCUGUCACCACCUAUUGCCGCCCCCGUAACCACUCCCGAUCACAGAAGUCCCAGCAGUCUGCACGUGAAACUCGGUAUUUCUCCUGCCAGCGACGCGCUCGGCCGAAUCGAUAAGGAGCCAGCCUCGCCGGAAUCCAUACAAGAUGCAGACCUUCAUGGUGAGGUGGAUGGACCCGAUCUCAGCGGUGACGAUAGGAGUAUCACCAGUGAUAUUCAAGAUGCCACUGAGGCGAAUCUCGACCACGAUUCCAUGGACUCGGAUAGGGAAGCUCUCAACCUGGUCACAGACGUAUCACAUCGCAAUAGCAGCAGUGGAACCAGCGGCAGCGCCUCCUCGCCUAGUUCCGGGGUGAGCAGCCAGAUAACCGGAAGUCAUCAGCAGCAGCAGCACACGGCAGGGCAGCAGAACAGCAGCAACUCGCAAGCUGCCCUGGCUGCUCAACUAGUCAGCCAACAAUUGCUGAUGCAUGGACCUCUUGGUGCUCUUGGACCACAGGAGAUCCAGGCAUUGGCUUCGACGUUUCAGCAACAACAACAUUCGCUGCAGCAACAGUUGCAGCAGUUGGCAAUGUUUCAGCAAGCCAACUCUGCUGCAGCGGGUCAGCUUCCGGCUCAGGCACAGUUCUUCUUACAGAACCAGGGGCUGUUGCAGGGCGGUGGCUACUCCUCAAGAUCCAGUCAUCCGCGCUCACAGUCCAUGCAGGUGCAGCAGGCAGUAGCGCAGGCAGCCCAGCAACUGCAAGCUCUACAGAAGCAGCAGGCUCUUCAGGGUAGCGGAGGCCUAGUUGGUCGAAGUUUAGGGCAACAAAGGUCACCACCGCCACCUGGCACGCCUCCAGCGGUAAAACCACCGCCUCCGAGGCUUGAACCAUCGCCGGAAGAGACUACGGACCUCGAGGAACUGGAACAGUUCGCCAAGACCUUCAAACAGAGGCGGAUUAAACUCGGAUUUACCCAAGGCGACGUUGGCCUAGCUAUGGGCAAACUUUAUGGCAACGAUUUCUCUCAGACGACGAUCUCCAGGUUCGAAGCAUUAAAUCUUUCUUUCAAGAAUAUGUGCAAACUGAAACCUCUCCUACAAAAAUGGUUGGAAGAUGCGGACAAUUCGUUGAACAACCCGAAUUCUCUUUCGAAUCCACUUACCACACCGGAAGCCAUCGGCAGGCGGCGGAAGAAGAGGACGUCGAUAGAAACCAGCGUGAGAGUUGCUCUGGAGAAAGCGUUCGUACAGAACCCGAAACCUACUUCUGAAGAAAUUACCGUAUUAGCAGACACUUUAGCCAUGGAGAAGGAAGUUGUUCGGGUGUGGUUUUGCAAUAGACGACAAAAAGAGAAAAGGAUCAAUCCGCCAACAGCAGCAAUGGGUAGUCCAACAAUGGCGUCUCCAGCACCAUCGGUCUUCGCAUCACUCGCAAGUUCCAUGUCCGGUAGUCCUCUAGCUCUCACGACGCACUCUUCAGGCAUGGGACACUCUCAUCCUCACCCCACACCCCUCGGUUCACCAUUACCCUUGGCUCUGGUAGCUUCAGCAGGUGGAAACUACCAUCCACUGAGUAGCAAGUCCCACGAGUGACACCAGCAGCCCACCCAUCAAGGGGACGUACUUUUUCGUCAACACCAUCAACAACCAUCACAUCAGCAACAGCAACAGCAACAACGACGUUUGUGCAAUCUACCCGAAUUCUAUCACUAAUCCGUCAGCUGGUCCGUCGUUGGCGAUUAUUCACUAUCCAGCGAACGCCCGUCGGCGGAUUUCGUUACCAAAGGAAAUAUUAUGAGGGAAAUAUGGAACCGACAGGAUCGAGCAAUAUAUGGUCAUGGGAAUGGUGCAGAGAUUUUUGACUGCUAGUUCACUUCACGAUACGAUUCGAAACAUAUCCUGGUGUCAAGAGAUUCCAUUAGGAAGAGAUUAUGUCAGGAGUGGAUGCAAUCUUUAAUUAUAUAUUGUUAUGAUCAAUCAAUUUUGAAGGGAAGAGGAUGAUCGGUGCAGGAAUUAUCAAGGUAUAUCUAUCUCAUAAAGAGUAUACGAGUAACUGAGAGGCAUUAUGGAAAGGAAUCAAACAUGGAACGUCACUAAGAGAUUCUUAGGUAAAAACUCAAGAAUUGCAGUGUAUUGUUCAGAGAAAUCGUCUUAUCAAACAUCGUGUUUCGUUGAACGUUUCGUAUUUUUCUCACAGUAUUAUAUUUAUUGGCUGGAUUAUUCAGUUGGAAGCGUUGAUUGUAGUAAUGACGAUUCGCGUGGAACGAAGUUUUCAAAGCUUAUGUAAUUAUUAUACAUUGUAUAUAAAAAUAAUGCAAUUUUUCCAACUUGGAAUAUGCAUUUAUUUCAUUUGAAAAAAUUGAAGAAACGAUAAUACAAAUUACAGACUAAAUUUGAAUUCAAUCAGAAUUCAAAAUGGCUUUGAGGUCUUCAUUCCCGCAUAGCAAAUAGUGCAGGAUCGUUGCCGCCGUUCGACAUUUAUUUACAAGAUGUAAUUAACGACGCGAAUAUAACCGGCCGCGAACCGUCAUAAAACAGUACCUUAAUCGGUUUCUGCAGUUUCUCAUUUGAAUUAUCAUGAAAUAUUUAUCAUGGGGGGAAUCGUUCGACGAUACCUGUAAUUAUCGACUGGUUUUCCUCUGCGUCCUUCCAGUUUCCUAUUGCCCAUCGGGCGAUUCAACGUCGCUUCGAUCACGCACUACAUCUCGUGCAUGCUGUUUCACGAUCUCGAAGAAUCCAAGAAUUGAACUUUUCGAAAUCGUGAAACCACGCGAGAGAGAUAAAAGAAUAGAAUCUUUAAAUUUUUCACGAGCAUUCGUUCAACGAAUCACGACGGAACACACGAUCGAGAUUACAACGAACAACGAGAGAAUAAAUGGAUCGGACGUGUUAAAUCUUUCUGUCGUUUUGUUGAAUUCAUGGUGUCGCGAUCGACGGUUCCUUCGAAGAGGGCGAACACUUUUUAUAAGUACUCGCCUCUUCGUGGUAAGCAGGGUUUACGUACCACUUACAAGGGGGUCUCCAAUUCCUCGAGAUAGAAAGUUCGUCUAUUACUAAAGGAAAGGAGCAACAUGGAAAGAGUUCAUGGAAACUAGAAUGUUCACUGCCACUCAGAAUUAAUAAAAAAAGGUAGAUUCUAAUUUCUUCUAAUGAAAAUCCAUGAUUAAUCGAUAAUUUAGAUUUUAUGAAUCAGCAAUCGCUUGCUUUAUUUCAUUAAGUAAACAGAAAUAUUAUACAAUUCGGACGAGCUUUUGAUCUUCAAGUUUCAAGUUCCCUUUGAGGUGGUGAACAUGCGGCGAGGUCCGACAAUACGAUUGUACAUAAUUACGCAUACGUGUGCGUGCGUGUCUGUCUCCAUACAUAUCUGUGUCAUAAAUUUGUAUAUGUAGACAAAAAAAAAAGAGAAGGUAAGAUACAAAGAAACGCACGGGCCUAAUAAUGCCGUAAAAACAAAGGGUCGAGGAGAAUAUAGCUCGUACAUCGUCAUCGACGAAGUUCUCACUCGCGUCUUGGUCGAUUGAUUCUCAACGAAUUGUAAUUACUCAAGCCAAAGUAUCUUCUAAUUAGUAAAGGAAGGUAACGAAGUUACAUUUCCGAGAGAGUGAACAUGGAAGGCAUGCUCAUAUUCUCUGUUUUUUAGACAGACACGAGGUUUAGCAGUUGUAGAUACGUCUGUACCUGUACAUACGGCAUAUAUAGACAGGCUACUUGGGAAUUAUUCCACAUACGUAGCUCGUAUACGUUUGCGCGAGUCGAUUGAAUACGCUCGUGGUUCGAGAGUUCGCGUUGAUGCCAUUUUUUAAAAUCGAGAAUUGGUUACGAGAUUGAUGGCAUUUAUUAGAAGCGCUAACUCUGAUCUUGGAGGGCACAGAUCGAUUCUUCCAGGUGGUGAACUCCCUGUGACUAGUUAAAGGCUAUGAUCUUGUACAACCAAGGUGACGGAAACAGUGUUUGAAGAGAUUUACACACAUGUAGAAGUUUGUGCUAGAAAUUGUCCAUAUACAUAUACACAUUAUAUAUUACAUUAGUUGUGUGUAUAUGUGUGUAUAAAGCACAUAUGUACGCGACGAGAAAGACAUUGCGCAGUAAUCGAGCAUCGAGAAUAUAUACAUAUGCAUGUAUAAAUAUACAUACUAUACAUAAAUGUAUAAAGUAAACGUAUUGUAAAUAAUAGGGAGAUAUGGCAACGAACGGUGAUUAGCGAAUCCGCGGCGAAUUUAUUCACCGUGACGAUCGUUUCUUAUUAUUGCGACGCUUAUUAUUAAGUAAUCCUUAAUUAUAGGGUAUCAUUGGGCAACGCUGGUCGUCAUAGCAAUCGUAAGUUCGAGCAAUCAUGGAAACGUCGUACCUUCACUCUAACAUCGUAGAAUUGAUUUGUUCGUAGCCUACUUUUCCAUGUGGCAAUUAAUUUCGAUCUAUAUCGAUCGAUGGUGAAACAAUUAUUUCAAAGAUGCUCUAUGAUAAGGAAUUGAAAACUCAUCGCUACACUUAAGUGCUGAUAAAUGGCGAUAACCGUAACUCUUAUACUACACUACUUAUUAAAUACGAUAUUCUUGAUAUUGUGGUUUGUUUCUGGUGAACUCGAUUUCUCAAUCCCUCGUUCUUACGAUCGCCAACAUCAGCAAGUUAAAUCCGUGUAUGUACAUUUGUUGCAAGAGCUUUUCUUGUAACGAAGCACGAGCGUGCGUUAACCGAAGGUGUAUAUGCGUACUACUAUCAUAAUGUAUGUAUAUAUAUAUUUGAUAUUAUAUUAUAUGUAAUUUUCUACGGAAGCUAUGUGAACGCAACACGAUACAUCACAAUAUAUUUUCGAUAUUCUGAUAUAUCGUGUACGCGUAAUUAUAUAUAAUAUAAUAUAACAUGUGUAUGUAUGUAUGUAUGUAAACGAGUACGAGACGAGAUCUCAUAUCGAUCACGCGCGUCUUUUCGUUCUUAGAUCACUCGAACACACACACACACACACACACACAUACACACACACUCAUCUCCCAUCUUUUUCACCCUUCAUAAUUCCACACAACUUCGGGUUUUCAUCUCUUGAAUCGAUCUUCUACUUCCUUUACUUUGAAUCAUUCACUACCAGAGUCGUGGACCAAACUGUAGCGAAACAAAGAUGUGAAUGAGAGUGAUAAAGAAUGAAAGAAAAUAUAGCGAAGAGAAAUACAAAAAAAAAAAGAGUUCCUAGAGCACCAGUUUUGAGUGCAUUACGUAGACGUUUUAUAAAUUAAAUACGGAUGUGUAAACGAUAGAAACGAGAGACAAAUUGAUACAUAACGAGCAGCCCAUUGCAGCCGAAGAACGAAAAAAAUGAGUAUGAAUGACAGAGUGUGAGUUAGGGACACGUUUGCGUUUUUCUUAUGUUUUUUCUUUUUUCUUCCUCUUCUCCUUGUUCGUCAGAGGUGUACAGCGUUCUGUUUUGUAGAUAGAAUAGAGAUAAUUAGAGUCGAACCCACGAUUGCCGCACCCUCUGAUCGACGUGUCACUGGUUCACUUUUUUUUCUCGUGGGCUUCGAUGAGCCGGCGCAUUCCACGAGCGACGAACGCAUUAUUACAAUGGUUAUCAUUAUUAUUAUUAUUAAUUAUUAUUAUUAAUAAUUAUUAUUAUUUCAUUAUAUUUUAACUUUUAUUAUUUGAAAAUAAAAGUGCUAGACAGACUUUA